CAGACAGCCCGCCCGCCAAAGGUGCCCAAGGUGCAGGCGGCGACUGUGAUCAGCCACUCCCUGGUUCGCCUGAACGGGACGGCGGUGGUGCUGUGCCGCGCUUGCUGCAGGCAGACCAGCGGGCAGACGGGGCCCACAUGGACGCAGUUCGCGCGUUCAGCUUGCGAGGCCAGCCAGUACACCGCGCUGCGGGCCGAGGCCAUCAUCGCGCACGUCGGCGCGCAGCCCAUUGUGGUCUCGGAGGCGGGCGAGUUCGCUAUGCAGGCGAUCGAGCGCGCGGCGUGCCCCGAAGAUGCGGGGCCCAGGCCAGCCGAGCCUGCCCCCUGGGGCUCAGGGGACGGCACCAUCGAGAUGCAGGGGCACAGGCUGAGGCGCGCAGGGCCCACCAUCUACUGCGAGGUAUGCGUGGCGUGGGCGGCGACAGGCUCCUCACUGGCCCUGGCUGCGCCCUGCGCUGGCCCGCCCAGCGCCGAGGGCAAGAACCAGCGCACCUACCUGUCCAACCUCAGGGCGCGGCUCAAGAAGCUCAGCCAAGGGCUGCACCCCAAGACAGGAAAGGUGCUCAAUUGGGGAGGUGCAGGCGAGGCUCCAGACGGCCCCAGAACAUGGGCCACAGCGGCGGCCAGCGCGGCCGCGGGCGACAUGGCCUCUGGGGGCGACGGCGCUGCAGAGCGGCCAAGCGGCAGGCACGCGCAGAAGGAACAGGGCGAGGCGACCAGGCCUGGCCAGGACCACGAGACGCGCGAGGUGCCUGCAGGGGCUGGAGGUUCCGACGCAGUCCAGACCAAGAAGCCUGCUUGGCGGGUGCGACGGCAGGAGCUCCUGGAACGGAUGCAGCGAAGGCAGCAGCAUCUGCUAGCCGAACGUGGUCCAGCAGCCGCCAGCGGCGCGCAGCGUGAUGAGGGAGACAUGGCCGACGGCAGCUUGCCCUCGGCCUAUGGAGCGCACCAAUGCCCCGACGGGGGCACCACUGGACUGGUGACGCUCCAGCCGCCGCCAGCUGCCCCAGACGUGGGGGUGGUCGAUGCCUGUCUGGCGGCGGGGCCGUCGCGGCUGCCUGCGCCCUUGAGGUGUGACCUGGCACACGAGGUGACGCUGACCACGGACCACCAGGAGGGCGCCGUGACCAGCCCUCAGGACAUGAGCAGCCCGCCGCAGCCGUUCUCGACUACCGAUAUGGCCAGCACCAGGGGUGGCAGGGGACCUGCAAAGUGCGGUCGCGAAUGCGGCCCCGCCCUGAGUGCUGGCAGGUCUGACAACUCGCAGCGGGCGCUGCCAGGCAUGGCCAGUGACAAGGGUGGCAGGAGGCCUGCAAGCCGCGACCCUGAGUGCGGCCCCACCUUGGGCACUGGCGGCGACGGCAGCCAGGCCCACCGCGUGCGGCGACGAUUUACGGCCUGGGCCAGGGGUGGCAGGGGACCUGCAAUGUGCGUGCGUGAGUGCGGCCCCGCCCUGAGCCCAGGAUGCGACGAGGACCGCGACGGCAAGGGUAUGGCCAGCGCCAGGGGUGGCAGGGGACCUGCAAAGUGCAGUCCUGUGUGCGGCCCCGCCCUGGGCACUGGCAGCGGGUCUCUGGAAGCGGCGUCGCCUGAGGAGGACCAGCGGCAGCCGCAGCUGGCUUCUGGGGAGGCGUGUCCACGUGCAGCUACGGCUGGUGCCAGGGGUGGCAGGGGACCUGCAGUUUGCGGUCCUGAGUGCGGCCCCGCCCUGAGCACCAGCACCCACCCCGAGCGGCGACGGAUUACGGCCUGGGCCAGGGGUGGCAGGGGACCUGCAAUGUGCGUGCGUGAGUGCGGCCCCGCCCUGAGCCCAGGAAGCGACGCGGACCGCGACGGCAUGUGCAUGGCCAGCACCAGGGGUGGCAGGGGACCUGCAAGUGCCGACCGUGUGUGCGGCCCCGCCCUGAGUGCUGGCAGAGUUGCGGUGGCUCGGCCUGAGCCAGCGCAGCCGAGGCGCAGCGUCGCGCCCAGGCUUGAGCUGCAGGUCGCUGGAUGGGCGCGGUACUGGACCCAGGCUCCCGAGGUCGGCGAGACGAUGGAGUGCUACAGCGAGUGGCUCGACCACUGCGUCGGCUACGUCACGCAGAUCCUGUCCCAGCCGCGCUUCGCCACCAGGCUGCGGGCGCGUGGGAGGACGGCCGAGGAGAUGGCCGAGGAGAUCUGCGAGCGGGCCUGGGGGACUGGCAUGCCCGCGAGGCGGGCCUACUACAGGUGGCGCCACACGCUGACGCGGUCGCAGAGGAUCGUGUCGGACUGCAUGCGGCGCUACGACUACGUGUGCCUGCGGACGUGGCUGGCCGAGCUGCGGCGGGAAGGGCAGCCACCGCCCAUUGGCCCGCUCAGAGCGCCUUCGGAGGCGACGGAGAAGUGGUUGAGGGUCGGCCUCUCCUGGCACGGGCAGCCGCUGCGCGCUGCGCGGCGGUCUGGCCCCAGCGCGCCGCCCUUCGCGUCCGUCGACGUGAUCGGCAUCACUGGCCUCCCCUGA